CCCGAACCCUCAGAUCACGGCCGAGCAGCGUGUGUCAGAGCCCUGGCGGACGUGGGAGCGAGCCUCGGGUCGCCACCGCGCCCGGGUGUGGCGCUCAGUCGGGCUCGGAGAAGCGGAGAGUCUGGCGCUGAGCAGCCUCAGGAAGUGGCCCUGCAGGUGAGGAGCAGGAGUUCACGUCCACGUCAGAUGGUCACUUGCACAGCGGCGGCCAGGGGAGUGGGGAAGAGGGCAGGCCCACAGCGCUGAGCCGGAGGAGCGUGCCGUCUCCCCCUGGCGCAGGAUGGGCCCCAUGGGCAAGCAGAGCCCCUCACCCGUGCCAGCCCCUGCGGGAGGGUCUUGCCUCCUCCUCCUCUUCUGCCUGCGCCUGGGCACCUCCUGUCCCCAGAGCUGCCAGUGCCCUGACCACGAAGGGGCAGUGGCCGUCCACUGCAGUGGGAGCGGCCUGCAGGAGGUCCCCAAGGACAUCCCCACCAACGCUGUGCUCCUGAAGCUCGACGCCAACAAAAUUGCCCGCGUCCCCGACGGAGCCUUCCAGCACCUGAGCCAGCUGAGGGAGCUGGACUUGUCUCGGAACGCCAUCGAGACCAUCGGGCCGGCGGCCUUCUCCGGCCUGGCGGGGGGCCUGCGGCUGCUCGACCUGUCGCACAAUCGCAUCCGCAGGAUCCCCAAGGACGCCCUGGGCAAGCUCAGCGCCAAGAUCCGCCUGUCCCACAACCCCCUGCACUGCGAGUGCGCCCUGCAGGAGGCCCUGUGGGAGCUGAAGCUGGACCCCGACUCGGUGGACGAGAUCGCCUGCCACACCUCCGUGCGGGAGGAGUACGUGGGGAAGCCGCUGAUCCAGGCGCUCGACGCUGGCGUCAGCUUCUGCAGCACCCACCACAAGACCACCGACGUGGCCAUGCUGGUCACCAUGUUCGGCUGGUUCGCCAUGGUGAUCACCUACGUCGUGUACUAUGUGCGCCAGAACCAGGAGGAUGCCAGGAGGCACCUGGAGUACCUGAAGUCGCUGCCCAGCACCCCCGUGUCCAAGGACCCCCUCAGCCCCGAGCCCUAGUGCCCGCUGAGUCUCAUCGCUGUGUGGCAGGUGGUGACUGACGCAUGCUUCUGGUGCUCCCUCGAGCAGGUGGCAGUCACAGCCGCUUCCGUGCAGGGCGCGCUCUGACAAAACACGUCCCCCAGUGGCACUGAGUCACUGCGGCGCCCUUCCAUCGGGUACGGUUAAUGCCAGGCCCACGGACGGCGGGGAGAGAGUGGCACUUGGAGAAAUGGAGUGACUUGCCCAUGGUGACACGGUCAGGGGAUGGUCCAGUCGGGACUUAACACCAGGCCAUUGGUCACGAUGUCCCUUCCACUCGGCACGACUCUCCCACGCGGCACCCGAGGGAGCAAGUGCACCCAGAGGAGGAAGGCUCGUGUCCGAGGGUGUGAGUGUCCCCCGUGGAGGACUGGGGUGCAGACUCACCUGUGGAAGGCACAGGUGACCCAACACUGUGGAACGGCCUCGCCCCCGUUUCGCUCGUGUUGCCCGGACCCGUCUGACCGCAGCACUCUUCCCAGAACUCAGCGGUAGAGCCCGGAUGGUUCUGGAGAGGGAAGGGAGUGAAAGGGGUUGCUCAAACUGACCUUUGAACAAUGGUGUUUAUUCUCGGAAUGUUUGCGAAGAGAGACACUUGUGCCCAAAUUUCAGCCCCGUGAGAGGGGACAAAGAACCCCAAACCUGAAACCAAACACCGUGGAGAGAACCCGUCCGACACGCCGACUCCCACCCUCUGUGUGCCUGGCGUGUGCGAGGGCCUGUCAUCUGUGCUCACCUCCGUGCCUUGCUGUUCUCUCUCCGACACACCAAGCAGCUCCUUCCAAAGGGCAGGGGGCCCGGUGUUCGAUGUCUCAAGGCCAAUCAACGGGACCCCUUUCUCCAGCAGCGGGCUCUUGCUCCCUCUUGCUCUCUCUCUCCACCUUUGCUGCCAGGACUCUCAGAGCUAAUUCAGUGCUCGGUUUUCUUACCUGCGUAACUUCAGGGUAGACAUUACCUCCACCUAUAUAACUCUGAUUCGUCUUUCCAGUUUUACUCGUUGCUGUCUUUUGUAUGUGUUUAUAGUUUACACGGCUUCACAUAUUUGGGUGGCUGGGGAUACACUGGUAUGAACUGCAGGUAGAAAGGACAGGAGCCUCAUCCAGCAGAAGCUCGGAGACGAUUAACAGUGGAGGGUGGUUUGUACUCGGAAAGUAAGGAGUGACUUGGGGGGAACGGACAUGGUGUCGCCUUUACCCGUUGGUCAGGACACCGAGCAGCUGCCUCUGGUGCCAGAAAGGCUCGUUGGAACAUGGUUGUGAUGUCCCAGACGUGGCGCAUUCAAAGGAAACCAUCGGCAGGUUACAAACACCCUCUGAUACCCGGAGGCCCUGUGCCCAUGUUCACGGAGUGGGGGCCGGGUGCACAGCAUGGCAGCGUGCACGGGAGGACGCUGCGCUGCCCGCUGCCCAGACCCGGAGCACACACAGGAGGCAGGGCUCAGCUCGGCCAUGGACGCCCGCCUGCUGCUCCGCAGCCACCAGUGCACAGGAAACGGGCAGCCUGGCCCACCUUCCCAGUGACAACUAGAGCCCAGAAGUCUGCCCACUUGUGUGACAAAUGCCCUGUGGAGCAGGUAGGCUGUGUGGCUGGCCGACUGGCGGGACACAGGCUCCUGGGUGGUUCGGGGCCCCUUCCCCACCCACCCCAUGUGCUCUUCCGCCAAAACCAACCCAGAGCCUGGAUGCCACCCACAUGUGGCUCUUUAGGGGUGCAUGGAAGGUAGGUGGGGAUUCUCCCCUCUCUGCCCCUUUGCUGGCCCCCAGCCCAAGGCCACCUUCCCCUUGGUGUGGACCCUGCGGGGAAGGGGAGGGGGGAGGACCUGCAGCACCAGAGGGCCUGCUCCCUCUCAUCCUGGGCCCAGCCCAAGGCUGCCCACCUUUCCGGCCUUUUGGGGCUCCUUGCCCUUUAUAGAGUCUCCCAGGGGAGGACACCUCCCUCCGAGGAAGACCACCAGGACCUCAGCUCCAAGAACCCCACCUCCUUCCUGCUCAUGGGAGCUCCCCCAUGGGUGCCUGAGAACCCUUUUGGGCACAGCCCUCGCCUCCUCUAUCCUUCCCCCUCCCUCCCUCUAACUUCUCCCCUCCCUGGCCCUCCCCGCCCUGGAAGGGACCUGUUGAGAUGAGGUUAAGAUGAUGCCCUGCCCGAGCCCGCAUUCUUUGCUGCCAUAUGUGAGCACAGACCCCUGGAUGCCCCCAUGGGUCCUGGGCCCACUCCCCCCCACCACCACUGGGUCCAGCAUUUGACCCCAAUUAAAUCUGCUGAGGCCGGAGUCCGGCUGGCCCAUCCAGGGGACUGGUGCUGACAGUGGUGGUAAUGUGACAAAGGGGGGCCUCAGUCCGUCCGUUCCAGUCGGGGGGCAGUGGGGCUACGGGGACCUCUGGCUCUUUUUGUUGUCCAGGUGACAGGCCCUCCACAGGGUCUGGGAGCUCAGGCUGGAUCAUCUGGGGGUUCCGUAUGGGGCAGAGGGGUGGAGCAAGCAGAUGGGCCCCAGCAGCUGCCCCAGCCCCGGGUCGGGGGCUGGGCCUCUCUUCCUUCCCACAGGAAAUGGGGGUCUCUUGCUCCCAGGGAGGCCUCAGGGCCAGAGGGGAGGCGUGAGGCAGUGAGGGGCUCAUGGGGCCCCACUGGUCUCCUUGUCUGAGGCGCACGACUCCUACUCCCCGGGUCCCAGUCCUCACCACGGAUACUCCUCCUGGAACCCAGGGCCCCACCCCCACCCCGGCCCUAGGAGCGCCUGCCCCAUGCUCCUGGCCUGAUUUUCCUUCCUCUUUGCUUGUUAGGCCCCAGAUGCCCACCUAGUCUCUUCCUUGGGUGGUUUCGUGGUGGGGGACGAGCCAAAGUACUUUGGGGCCCCCUGCAGGGCCAUGCUGACACACAAAGGGUGUCCCUGGUGGGGUGGGCUCUGGGGAUGGGAGGCCCCUGCACAGGAGGCUCCCAACUCAGCUCCAGGAGCCCCCUCCCCCGCUAGGCCACCGGAGGAGCCGGCUGGCCACAGGCUGUGGGAAGGCAGGGCAAGCACUGCCGGGCCGCGAGGGCCUGGGGCUGGCAGCCUCCCCUGCCCGAAGUGGCUCAUCCCAGGGAAGGGCCCUGGUUUUGGGGAAAUGCCCCUAAAGCCGGGGCACCGGGGACACCCUCCAGCCCACUGUCAGUGCUUUCAGUGAGGGUGGACGACAGUUUUAAUUUGGACCUGAGACUGAGGUUAAACCCGGGUGGGAAGUCACUCCAGGCAGGAGAUGGGCCGAGCUGUGGGGCUAACAGCAGGGGCUGCACAGCGGGGUUCCGGUUCCGGGUCAGCCCCAUGCAAUUGCCUUCACCUGAGGGCUAGAGAACGCAUGUUUGCAGAUGUCCCAUCAGAUGGGGUCUGGGGUGGGGCCAGCAUCUGGGACAGCUUCUCCCAGACAGUCAGCAGGAUGUCGGGGCAUCGGCCAAGCCAGGCCAGGAAGGCGAGGGGCCACCCUCCCAGGAGCUUGGAGCAGCAGAGGGGAGCCUGGGCCCUGCGUGCUCCGGGGCCUCCCGGUGGGUGCUGGGCACCGCCCCACCUGCUGGCCCGCUCUCCUGCCCUGCACUCCCAGGCUUCCAUGUAGCAGGUCCUCCAAAGAAGCGUUUGCAGGAGCCUCCGAUCCUGGACUGAGUUACCUGGGGGGAGGCAGGGCUGCUGGCACAGAAUGUUCCGGACAUGAGGCAGCUCCCAGCCGCGACAGCAGCCCGAGGUGACUCCGCAGCCCGAGGCAGCUCCUGGAGUCGCCUUCCUGGAAGUUCCGUCCAGAGUCUGAUUCUACCCAUAGUCUGUGAGCCCUCAAUAAACCUCCUUGUGCUUAAA